UUAACCCUUGCAGCCACCAUGAUUGUCGAGAUCUGUGCUGCAGCAACCUUCAUCUCCAAGUUCCUCUGCACCAAGGGCCUCAGGAAUGAGCAACAGCUACAGACCUUCAGCCAGAGCCUGCAGGAGCUGCUGGUAGAACACUACAAACACCACUGGUUCCCAGAGAAGCCCUGCAAGGGAUCGGGUUACAGAUGUAUUCGAAUCAACCAUAAGAUGGAUCCUCUGGUCGGUCAGGCAGCCCAGCAGAUUGGACUGAGCAGUCAAGAGUUAUUCAGGCUUCUCCCGAGUGAGCUCACACUGUGGGUUGACCCCUACGAAGUAUCCUACAGGAUUGGAGAGGAUGGUUCCAUCUGUGUGCUGUAUGAAGCCUCACCAGCGGGAGGUAGCUCUCAAAACAGCACCAAUGCACAAAUGGUAGAUAGCAGACGCGGUUCUAAGGAGGAACCCCUUUUGGGCAGAAGCCCUUCUAAAAACUACAAAAUGAUGGCUGUAUUAGGUUAA